UCCUCAUCACCCACCAUGCCAUCUUCUUCUUCGCUUACAGGACGGAUUCACUGAAAAACCCAGACUUUUACCUAUUGAGUUUGGCGUUUGUAACGAGGACUCUUUUUUUGUUUGAUGGAUCGUGUCAGCAAUCUACCAGACGAGCUUCUUUGUCACGUCUUGUCUUUCUUACCCACAAAGAGCGCUGCUUUGACUUCGGUUCUCUCAAAGAGAUGGUUCAAUCUCUGGAAACUUGUUCCUAAUCUUGACAUUAAUGACUCUCUCUUUCUUCAUCCCCAAGAUGGUAAAGGUGAAAGGCAAGAGAUUCAACGUAGCUUCGUUGAUUUUGUGGACAGAGUACUGGCUAUGCAGGGUGAUUCUCCUAUCAACAACUUCUCACUAAAGUGUAUCACUGGCCGUGUCCAUCCAGAUAUUGUGAACCGUUGGAUAUGUAACGUGCUCAAGCGUGGUGUUUCGGACCUUAGUCUAUACACUCAUUUCGCUAAAGAUCUCGAUGAUUAUCUUUACCGUCUGCCUAAAGAGAUGUUUGUUAAGCUAUCACUGAGAAACGAACGAUGUGUUGAUUGGUACUUCAGAGACAUGGGCUCUUCUUUACCAAUGCUAAAAAGUCUUGAUAUCAACUCUGAUACGAUUGUUUGUGGUGAGUUUGAAAAGUUUAUCACUUCUUUCCCUAUGCUUGAGGAAUUAGAAAUGGGUACUAUGAAGUGGGAAGAUUUUAAUGUAACUGUGUCAAGUGCAAACCUCAGAAGCCUAAGUCUCCAUGGCAGCGGUAUUGAAGGCUGGGAUGACUUUGAAAAUCCAAAGAGCUUUUCCUUUGAUGCUCCAAAUCUGCUUUUCUUGAACUACUCUGAGUUAGUUCCGGAGGAUUAUCCAGUGGUUAAUAUGGGAAAGUUAUUGGAGGCUCAUAUCAACCUUAUGGUAACUGAUGAGCAGAUGAAGCGAGUAAGAGAGCCAAAUCAUGAUUUGCUAGAGGGUGAUGAUGAGGUUCUCCAAUUUAGCAAUGUGGUGAAGCUCGUGAAUGGCACACGAAAUGUUCAGAGACUUACCUUAACCUCUGAUACUCUUGAGGUGCUUUCUCAGUGUUGUGAUUCAAUGCCAGUGUUCAACAACCUCAAGUUUUUAAGUGUUACGAGUGAAGAGGGUAGAGGAUGGCAAGCAAUGCCAGCUCUUCUAAGGAACUGUCCACAUUUGGAAACUAUAAUCAUACAGGGUCUAUUACACUAUGUAACAGAUGAAUGUGGGGAUGUUUGUCCCUGCAUUUCCCGGGAAGGCAAAGGUCGUUCACUCAAGUCUUGUCCAGUGAAGAGGUUAGAGAUUCAAGGGUUUCGAGGAACAAUGAAAGAGAUAAACAUGAUUAAGCAUUUCUUGGACUAUUUUUCCUGUUUGAAUAGGCUGGACGUUUUUGUUGAAGAUAAUGAUCCUACACAGCUCAAAAACGAUCAAGUGUCUGAUCUGGUCAUAGAGAUGUUUGAACUCUACAGCAAGUUGUGGCCGAGUUGCAAUGUCCAGCUCCUGGUGAGCGAUUACUUGGAUGCGAAAUGGACUGCACAAGGACAUAUCUGAAGAAGAAAACUUGGCUUGAAAACGCCAUCUCAAAUCCCAAUCCCAAAACCUUAAUAUGUUUUCUUGUUCGGUCAAGAUGAUCUAUGUAUGUUUUAGAUAGUGUAUCUAUGUGAUUUCUCAUCUAUCUAUGUGAUUUCUCAU